GGGCUGCCCUUGCCCCCCGCCGAGUUCCGGGCCAGUCCCUGCGCGAGCUGAUUGGCUGGAGCGGUGCCCGGGCUGCGCGGCAAUAGGUGAGCCUGGGAGGGGACGGGCGGGGCUGGAGGACCGCCCCUCCCUCCUGGGGUCGGCCGCUGAGCUAAGCCGCGGGCAGGCGGACCGACGGACUGACGGGAGGGACUGGAGGCAGCAAGAUGGCGCAGACUCAGGGCACCAGGAGGAAAGUCUGUUACUACUACGACGGGGAUGUUGGAAAUUACUAUUAUGGACAAGGCCACCCAAUGAAGCCUCACCGAAUCCGCAUGACUCACAAUUUGCUGCUCAACUAUGGCCUCUACCGAAAGAUGGAAAUCUAUCGCCCUCACAAAGCCAAUGCUGAGGAGAUGACCAAGUACCACAGUGACGACUACAUUAAAUUCUUGCGCUCCAUCCGUCCAGAUAACAUGUCUGAGUACAGCAAGCAGAUGCAGAGAUUCAACGUUGGUGAGGACUGUCCAGUAUUUGAUGGCCUGUUUGAGUUCUGUCAGUUGUCUACUGGUGGCUCUGUUGCAAGUGCUGUGAAACUUAAUAAGCAGCAGACGGACAUCGCUGUGAAUUGGGCUGGGGGCCUGCACCACGCAAAGAAGUCCGAGGCAUCUGGCUUCUGUUACGUCAAUGAUAUCGUCUUGGCCAUCCUGGAACUGCUAAAGUAUCACCAGAGAGUGCUGUAUAUUGACAUUGAUAUUCACCAUGGCGAUGGCGUGGAAGAGGCCUUCUAUACCACAGACCGGGUCAUGACUGUGUCCUUUCAUAAGUAUGGAGAGUACUUCCCAGGAACUGGGGACCUACGGGAUAUUGGGGCUGGCAAAGGCAAGUAUUAUGCUGUUAACUACCCACUCCGAGAUGGGAUUGAUGACGAGUCCUAUGAGGCCAUUUUCAAGCCGGUCAUGUCCAAAGUAAUGGAGAUGUUCCAGCCUAGUGCAGUGGUCUUACAGUGUGGCUCAGACUCCCUCUCCGGGGAUCGCCUGGGUUGCUUCAAUCUGACCAUCAAAGGGCAUGCCAAGUGUGUGGAAUUUGUCAAAAGCUUCAACCUGCCUAUGCUGAUGCUGGGAGGAGGUGGUUAUACCAUUCGUAAUGUUGCCCGGUGCUGGACAUACGAAACAGCUGUGGCUCUAGACACAGAAAUCCCUAAUGAACUUCCAUAUAAUGACUACUUCGAAUACUUUGGACCAGAUUUCAAACUUCACAUCAGUCCUUCCAAUAUGACUAACCAGAACACUAAUGAGUACCUAGAGAAGAUCAAACAGCGGCUCUUUGAGAAUCUGAGAAUGCUGCCCCAUGCACCCGGGGUCCAAAUGCAGGCAAUUCCUGAGGAUGCCAUCCCUGAGGAGAGUGGUGAUGAGGAUGAAGAAGACCCUGACAAGCGCAUCUCAAUCUGUUCCUCUGACAAACGAAUUGCCUGUGAGGAAGAGUUCUCUGACUCCGACGAGGAGGGAGAAGGUGGCCGCAAGAACUCUUCCAACUUCAAGAAAGCCAAGAGAGUCAAAACAGAGGAUGAGAAAGAAAAAGAUGCGGAAGAGAAGAAAGAGGUCACAGAAGAGGAUAAAACCAAGGAGGAGAAGCCAGAAGCCAAAGGGGUCAAAGAGGAGGUCAAAUUGGCCUAAGCAGACCUCUCCAGCUUGGGCUUCUUGCCAAGUCCUCCCUACCUUUCUCCCUCUAACCCUUCAGAUUUUAUAUUUUCUAUUUCUCUGUAUAUUUAUAUAAAAUAUAUUAAAUAUAAAUGUCCCUAGGGACUAGAGUAGGAGCCAGGGCCCUUGAGUGCAGGAGAGCUAUGCUGGGGAAACUUCUAGCAGCUGUCUUGCUCCCCAUCCUUCCCCAAGUCUUAGUUUUAAACCACAAAGGGUACAGAUCUGGAUGGAAGCGAUGCACCCAUAAAAUGAAAUCCUGACAUGCUGAGGGGCUCCUUUGUAGCUUUGGAAAAGGAGCUCUGUUACGUGUUGUAGAUGGUAUGGAUGCAUCUUCAGGGGCCCCCUGUUCUUCGGGUUCCUAAGGUUAACAUCAGCCAUUUUUAGAUUGGUUCUGUUCUCAUACCUUCACACUGGCCCCAGGUGAGGUAAGAAACUCACACUGCCCUCUGUCUUCCCCAUUUUGCAGGUGGAGGUUGGUAGUCUAGCUUCCUUUCUUUGAGACAUUUUCAUUUUUGUGAGACUCUUUGUAAUAAAAUGGUACAUUUCUAUAUUCUCCUGAGUUUGUUUCCUAGCAUUUUCCCUUUGUUGUUGUCAACAUGGCAUCCACAUGGCACCCCUGCCCUUUUGAUACCUUUCUGGGUAACCUUCACCCCCCCAAAAAAAAAUCAAAACAACUUACCUGCCUUCUUAGCCCUUCCCGAGGUUUCCACCAGUUUCCUCAUCUUACCCCCAGAUAACCACACUCAUUAAAGCACCACUAAAGGGAUGACAUUUAUUCCUUUUCCAAAUGUUACAGUAAAACCAGGUGGUAGAGAAUGGUUUUAGCAAUUAGAAAAAAAAAAAAGUACAAAUCUGGGGUUUGGCCAUUAAAAGUUAUUUACAACAAUGGGA